UGUAGAUUUGCGCAUGCGCAUGUAACAAGUCCUUUUUCAAGAUUUUACACAUUUUUACUUUCACCUUAUUUACUUGUCAAAUAUGCCAAGAGGUGGUGGAAGAGGAGGUGGCCGGGGUGCAAAGAGCAAUAAGAAAGGCAGAGCUAGGCAUUUCACAAGUCCUGAGGAAAUAGAAGCACAAAACGAAGCAGAAAGGAAGCAAAGAGAAUGGAGGCAAAAGCAAGGUCUCUCCAGUGAAGAGGAAGAUGCUGCAGAUGUCGCUAAUGCUGCAGCCAGGGGACUUCCCCCAACAGGAAGCUCUAGUGAAUAUGACAGUAGUGACGAUGAGGAUGCCAAGGCUAAGGGUGUAAGUGGUCUUAUAGAAAUAGAAAAUCCAAAUAGGAUCAAACAAAAGGCGAGAAAAGUGACAGAUCUACAGAUUGAUGAUGCUCCACAAUUAUCUAGAAAAGAAAGAGAAGAAAUUGAAAAGCAGAAAGCAAAGGAACGCUAUCAGAAGCUACAUCAGGAAGGUAAGACUGAUGAGGCUCGGGCGGAUCUGGCACGUUUGGCAAUCAUUAGAAAACAAAGGGAAGAUGCAGCUAAGAAAAAAGCAGAUGAACAGAAAGCAAAAGAAGCUGCCGCCGCUGCUAAAGCCAAGAAGUCAUGACAUCACGGUGCACAUGCUACAUGGACACACAUUAUUGCAAUUCAUGAAUUAUACUGGAAUCUAAUCUCAUCUUAUGUGCAUUGCCAACAGAAAGUAAUGAUGAGAUGAAUGCCUUUGAAUGGACACUCUGAUAACAUGCAUGUCUACGAUUGGAAGGUAUCCAAUAUGAUACGCCAAAUUGCAGAAUAUGAGACUUCCAAAGUACAAUGGUACUAACUUAAAUUGAUCUGAAUGGAAAUAUUUCAUGAAUUGUAUUUAAAGAAAGAUAUAACAACAAUUUAAAAACAUUGGUUAAAACAUGUAUUGUCAAAAUGAUUUAUCUUUAGCCCUAAUAUUUACGAUUACAACAAUUUCUUUACCAAAAUAUCAGCAACAAAAUAUCAGCAACAUGUAAUUUAUAUUAUCUGAUACUUUCUGAAAAAUCAAAUAUUGGAAUAAAUUAUUUCUUUAAUAAACAAUAUAUGAGGUUUGCAGUAUUAUCAGGUUGGUUUUUGAAAAAUAAAUUAUGAAGUAGCUGGUCAGCAAUUUUUCAGACUUUGAUAUUACAGAAAAGAAAGUGAUAACAUUUUCUUGAUGAUGCUAGUUACAGAAUGUUUAAUGAAUUGAAAAAAACAUUGGGUUAUUGAAGAAUCAGAGUUAAAGUCACUACACUGCCCUUUUAAACUUUGUAAUAAAAACAGAA